CACGUGUGAGAAAUUAUUAAAAAAAGAAGGAAUGGUAAGGACCAAUCCUUAAAUAAGGGGUUUACGGACUCGAGUCCGUAUCGACGUGGCGUCUAGCUUGGCGAGUUUGUGUUUCGUGAAGAAUAAAAAAGUCGUCAUUCUCGUUUCUUCUUCUCUCUGGUUCUCCGCUUCUCGACCCUUGUGGUUGAUCAAGAUUGUAAGCUUAAGAGUCUGCACUUACUUCAAUCUCUCUCCCUUGGUCGUUGUUCGAUCCGUACAUCAAAGGACUCUCUAUCUCUCUCUUGUUUGAUGGGUGAAGAGAUAAUCGCAAACGAUGAAAACAUCGCAGAGACGAAACCAAGUUCAAAGCUAACACUCUUGCCUCUCGUAUUCCUCAUCUUCUACGAAGUCUCCGGUGGCCCUUUUGGUGUGGAGGACUCUGUCAAAUCAGGCGGCGGUCCUCUCCUAGCCGUUCUCGGCUUCCUCAUCUUCCCUCUCAUCUGGAGCAUACCCGAAGCUAUAGUCACAGCAGAGCUCUGCCUGCCUCCUUCUUUGCUUCUUAUCCUUGUGAUGGUUUUAGCCACCGCUAAGACGUUUUUAAUCAGCGGUGUGAUCAUUGUUCUCGGGUUCUGCUUGCACCCGUUCUUGGCACUUGUGAAGGAGAAACGAUGGGCGAGAUUCAUCCCAGAGGAGACAAGACCAGUUUUAGAAGUUCCAUCUGAGUCUCAGGUGGAUGAAGAACAUGGAGACGAUGGGAGUUGUAUAGUUUGUAGCACAGUAAGGUGUCUAUGAUUACAGUUUGAUUAUGUAAAUGUGUACAUCAUAAUCAUUAUCUGCUAUGUAUAUGCAGUGAAUGUGUUUUUGAAACAUGAAACUGAAAUAAACUGUUGUGUUUAGAAGGGUCCUCAUUAACACUCAUAAGUUACCUUUUUCCUUA